CUCUCUCUCUCACUCUCACGUACGCACCGGUCGAACCUCUCUGUAUACUCGCAUAUUCAUCAGAUCCCACAACCCCCAAAAGCCAAAGCGAUCUCUCACUUUCUCUCUCUCUACGCUCCUCCCUCUCUCUAUCUCGGUAAGUCCUCACACUUCUCUCUUUGAUUUUACUGCUACCCAAAAAAGGCGAGCCGCGAGCCCUAUUUCCGUUUGCUUCGGGCAGACGACGAACCACGUUUCAGCUAUUGGUCUAGGGUUUCGGUAAUCCUCCUCUACCUUCAAGCAUUUUAUAGGCCAUGUUUGGUUGCCGAGAAAGUUCAGGAAAUGCACAUACUACAUUUGCGAGCAUGAUGGUUUCUGGUAACGUUUGAAUUAAAAAGGACGAAGAUACUUAUUCUAUAACGUCAAGCUCUUCAACUAGAGUCCUUUAGAUUUGGGAGUCUACUUUGAAGCCAGAAGAUGCAGAGGCCUCCACCAGAAGACUUUUUGUUGAAGGAGACCAAUCCCCAUCUCGGAGGGGGAAAGGUCACUGGUGAUAAGCACACAAGCACCUAUGACCUCGUUGAACAGAUGCAGUAUCUCUAUGUGCGUGUUGUGAAGGCCAAGGACUUGCCUGCAAAAGAUGCCACCGGUAGUUGUGACCCAUACGUGGAAGUAAGGCUCGGAAACUACAAGGGUACGACUCGGCACUUUGAGAAGAAGUCGAAUCCUGAGUGGAACCAGGUGUUUGCUUUCUCGAAAGACCGGCUUCAGGCUUCAGUGCUUGAGGUUACUGUGAAGGAUCAUGAUUUGGUGAAGGAUGAUUUCAUUGGUCGGGUUUUCUUUGAUCUGAAUGAGGUUCCAAGAAGGGUUCCCCCGGAUAGUCCUUUAGCGCCUCAGUGGUAUAGAUUGGAUGAUAAGAAGGGGGAUAAGGUCAGGGGGGAGCUGAUGCUGGCUGUUUGGAUGGGUACGCAAGCUGAUGAAGCAUUUUCUGAAGCUUGGAAUUCAGAUGCAGCGGGAGUUGGGGGAACUGAUGGUCUUUCUAGUAUGCGAUCAAAGGUAUACCUCUCUCCUAAGCUUUGGUAUUUGAGGGUCAAUGUAAUUGAAGCUCAGGACUUGCUGCCGAGUGAUAAGGGUAGGUUCCCCGAAGUUUUUGUCAAGGCUACUUUGGGAAACCAGGUUUUAAGAACCAGAGUUUCUCAAAGCAGGACUAUCAAUCCUAUGUGGAAUGAGGAUUUAAUGUUUGUAGCAGCAGAGCCAUUUGAGGAACCCUUGAUUUUGAGUGUAGAAGAGAGAGUUGCAUCUAACAAGGAUGAAGUUCUGGGGAAAUGCGCAAUUCCUUUGCAGUAUGUUGAUAGGAGGUUGGAUCAUAGACCUGUCAACACUAGGUGGCAUAAUCUUGAAAAGCAUGUCAUUGUAGAGGGGGAGAAGAAGAAGGAAACCAAAUUUUCCAGCAGGAUUCAUAUGAGGAUCUGCUUGGAAGGUGGUUAUCACGUCCUGGAUGAAUCAACGCACUAUAGCAGUGACCUUCGUCCGACGGCAAAACAGUUGUGGAAGCCCAGCAUUGGGGUACUGGAACUCGGAAUUCUAAAUGCUCAGGGGCUGAUGCCGAUGAAGACAAAAGAUGGUCGUGGAACAACAGAUGCCUAUUGUGUGGCAAAAUAUAGCCAGAAGUGGGUUAGGACAAGGACGAUCAUUGACAGCUUCACACCCAGGUGGAAUGAGCAGUAUACAUGGGAGGUAUACGAUCCUUGUACGGUCAUAACAAUUGGGGUGUUUGAUAACUGUCACUUGCAUGGUGGAGAUAAGGCUGUAGGGGCCAAGGAUUUAAGAAUUGGGAAGGUAAGGAUUCGUCUCUCCACCCUUGAAACCGAUCGGGUUUAUACACACUCAUAUCCUCUUUUGGUUCUACACCCCAAUGGGGUGAAGAAGAUGGGUGAAAUUCAUUUGGCUGUGAGGUUCACUUGCUCCUCUUUGCUUAAUAUGAUGCACAUGUAUUCACAUCCAAUUUUGCCUAAAAUGCACUAUCUUCAUCCAUUAACCGUUAGCCAGCUUGAUAACUUGAGACAUCAGGCAACUCAAAUCGUAUCAAUGAGGUUGAGCCGGGCUGAGCCACCUCUGAGGAAAGAGGUGGUUGAGUAUAUGUUGGAUGUUGGCGGGAACAUGUGGAGUAUGAGGAGGAGCAAAGCAAACUUUUUCAGGAUUAUGGGAGUUUUUGGUGGGUUAAUCGCUGUGGGAAAAUGGUUUGACCAGAUUUGCCACUGGAAAAACCCCAUCACAACUGUAUUGAUUCACAUUUUGUUUAUAAUACUGGUCAUGUACCCUGAGCUCAUCUUACCUACAAUUUUCCUCUACCUGUUCUUGAUUGGGGUUUGGUAUUAUAGAUGGAGGCCAAGACAUCCUCCUCACAUGGACACUCGCCUUUCUCAUGCCGAUUCUGCACAUCCUGAUGAACUUGAUGAAGAAUUUGAUACAUUUCCAACUACCCGGCCUUCUGACAUAGUAAGGAUGCGAUAUGAUCGGUUGAGAAGUAUUGCUGGGAAGAUUCAGACUGUAGUUGGUGACUUAGCUACUCAAGGAGAGAGGCUACAAUCUCUAUUGAGCUGGCGAGAUCCAAGAGCAACAGCUCUGUUUGUGAUUUUCUGUCUGGUUGCUGCUAUUGUACUCUAUGUUACACCAUUCCAAGUUGUGGCCCUUGUCACAGGAUUUUUUAUUUUGAGACAUCCAAGGUUUCGUCAUAAGCUUCCUUCAGUACCGAUAAAUUUCUUCAGGAGGUUGCCUGCCAGAACAGACUGCAUGUUAUGAGCAAAGAGUGAUUGCUUUGAGUGGAAUGGAACUGAGUUCCCCCUCUUUCCUGUUAUAACGAGGAGAAGAAGUGAGAACAAAUGUAGCAUGUCUGCUUCAACCUCUGGCAGCGGCCGUUGGGUUCUGUGUUACCUUCCUCUGGAGGUGCAGUAGGUUUUGUGGAUUUGUUUUAAUGGAUGGCAUUUGUAGUAUUUCUGUUUGAAGCUUGACUUUAUAUUAAUCAUGCAUUGUUCACCUAUAAUUUUGUAGGUUGUGAAUCUGACUAUUGCUGAACUAUCUCUAUGCUAAUGAUAUUUGCUAGAUUUUAGGAUGGAAUUAGCUUCUUUUUCUUUAUCAAACGAUUGAGAAGUAUAUCCUGUUUUGAUGUGGAAUGGUCCUGAAAUAUUAGUAUUUUGCUCCUGA